GCUCUUCACCGCUCCCUCCUUCCUCUCCUCUCACUCGCUUCUUCUCUCUACGGUGUCGGUCUCUCUCUCCGUCACCUUCUGUAUCGCUUCUCCGUCUUCAAACAACACCGAUUGCCGGUGCCAGUGAUCAGCUUGGGGAAUUUGACCUGGGGAGGAAAUGGGAAGACGCCAAUGGUAGAAUACAUUGCUCGAUGCUUUGUGGAUUCUGGAAUUUCGCCGCUCAUUCUUACCCGUGAGUUCAUUGACAGAUGAAGGAGCAAUGUUUUUCAAGGAUUGUCUGAGGUUGAGCUGGAGUUUCAGUGUCCCUUCGCCCUUGGUUGAAUUUGAGUUUUGGAACAAAGAUUUCGGGGACGAUGCCAAUACUCUUGCAUAUGAUUGCAAAUGGAGUUUUGUUCCCUAAUAACCUAUGGAUUAAUUUUGGAUGACUUCAAUGAAAUCCUGUUUUCUAUAAGUAUUAUGAGGCAAUAAUAGUAGGAUUUCAAAUCAUGUGAUAUAAUUUUGGAGUCUGUAAAGAAAAAUAAAACUGUUUGAUUUCAAGUUAAGAGGCUCAGGGCUGGUUUGGAGGGUUUUGUUAAAUGACUUGAGUAGGCUAAUAGGCUUCGACUAAUAGAACACCAGAACUAGGUUAAAUACUUCCUGUUUUCUAAAAGAUAGUUUACGCUAAUUUUCGUGUCAAACAUAAAGCUUAGAAUCAGCAUACUUCUUUACUAUCUUCACACUGGAGACGGAGACUAAAAGGCAGCCCAGUGCACAAAGCAUCCGGUUGAGACGGGACCGGAGAAGGGUCCCACUACAGAGGGUUAUUUUGGUGGAGAUGAAGCAAAGAUGCUUGAGAGGCAUCUUUUAGAUCUACCAGUGAAAAUUGGUAUAGGCGCAAACCGGGCAGCCUCUGCUUCUUGGUUUCUUCAAAAGUAUGGAUAUUUAAAUCCUUGGAGUGUGAUGAAAUCCUUUGAUCAGUCCCCCUUCCAUCGGGAAAGAGGAGAUGAAAUCAUCUCCGAGAAAAUUGGUGCUGCUAUUCUCGACGAUGGCAUGCAGCAUUGGAGUUUGUGCCGUGAUCUCGAGAUUGUGAUGCUUAAUGGGUUAAAUCCGUGGGGAAACUCUGGUUUAGUUCCCCUUGGACCCUUAAGGGAACCUUUCACAGCUCUUGGAAGGGCAGAUAUUGCUGUUGUUCAUCAUGCAGAUUUGAUAACUGAACAAAGCCUCAAAGACAUUGAGCUAACGAUACGAGAAUUCCAAAACUCGAUCCCAAUUUUCUACACCAAAAUGACUCCCAAAUAUUUAUUUGAUGCUAAAAUUGCUACGUCACAUGUACGUUUAGAAGCUCUGAAUAAGGCCAACGUGUUAUGCGUUUCAGCAAUUGGAUCAGCCGAAGCCUUUGUCAAGAGCAUCAAGAAGAUAGGAGCAGAUUACAUUGAUAGACUUGAUUUCAGUGACCAUCAUGUAUUUCAAUCCGAGGACAUCGAAAAUAUAAGGAGGAGAUUGCAGCACCUGGAGUACAAAUUCAAUUCCAAACCCAUUGUUGUGAUAACUGAGAAGGACUACGAUAGAGACCCGGAAAUUCUAAACCUCCUGGAUUCAUACAAAAUCUUUGUUCUGUGUUCGGAGUUGCAAUUACUUGCUUAUCGAGGGACCACUGCGGAAGGGUUCAAAUCAACGAUGAAGAGAGCUCUGGCGGCGAAGUUUUAGGUUUCGAAUUAGAUUCAAGCUUCUUCAUGAAUAAAUUCAUUCUUUACAUUCAGCCAUUGACAAAAUUGUAACUGGAGUUUCUGUCCUUUGAAUUACCAGUGUUUGGGGAGCUGUUGUUUUAGUCUUGGGAUUUUUGUCCACAGACAAAAUUGUCGUUGUUUAUGGUUUUGUGUAGGGUAGGCAUUUCAGGAUUCAGAAUUCUACUCGGAAUUUUAGUGGUUUGUUUCGGAAAUAGUUUAUUGGGUACUAUAAAAUUUGUAUUAAAUUAGUAUCGUA